GUCAUCUACGCAAGGACAUAGAUAGUUUUCAUAGAAAACCAACAAGUGAAAGCUUUUUGAGUAUCAAAACAAACCUUGGAACAGUUUCCAGUACUGCGUAGAUAGUUUCCAUAGAAAACCAACAAGUGAAAGCUUUUUGAGUAUCAAAACAAACCUUGGAACAGUUUCCAGUACUGCGUCGCCUUCGCCGUGCGCGGUUCGCACGAAAGCUUUUACGUGGGAGCCGCAAAUGUAGCCCCAACCCUCGAAGCUUCAUUUGCAAUUGAAUGACGAAACAGUUUCACCACCGCCAGCAGCUAAGGUUGAGAGCCAAAGGAAAAAUCCAUAAAUUGAUUGAAGAAGGAGCACAAGCAGAAACUUGGAAAAAACUCCGGAAAAUGCUGCUGCCCACGAUCAAAACGGGCGGCAUCUGGAACUGUCGCCAGAUCUGGGACAUGUUAAUGUCACCAAUGUCGCCGCGCAAUCUGCGCACCACAGCGCUGCUGACGAGCAUCUACCAGAUGCUCAUUGCCCAUGCGGUACUUUUCGUGGUGAUGCUCUGUCUGUCGCAUGUGGAGCAAAUGCGUCAUCUGCUCGAUUUGGAUAUUUUGGAUCAGAAGGACAGCGGAUUCUACAACAUGUCACCAUUUCACAAUGAUAUGCGCCUCAAAACCGCAGCUCAACUGGCGGAUGCCACCGAAAAUGCACUCUAUGUACUGGCGGGCAUAAUCAUCGUUUAUGCCCUGAGCACCAUAUCCUUGUUCUUCGGCGUGUUCAAGAAUAAACCCGGUCUGAUUAUACCCUGGCUGGUGGUCGAGUUUCUGGGCCUGAUUGCCCUUGCCGUCUUUGUAUUUAUGCUCAAGGAUACAAAAAUACCCAUGAUCUUUGGCGGACAGGAAUCGUAUUUUAUCAUUUGUUAUACGCUGCUCUGCGUGGAUGCUAUCAAGUGGUAUGCUAUGCAUAGCUUCUAUCAAAGUCUACGCACCAUGAACAAAUUGCGAGAGAUUGCAACGGUGGCCAUACCCUGUCCAGCCCCGGGCGCUAUACCCUAUCAGUUCCGCAGGGAGCACAUGUAUUUGGGCAGCAACGGUUACAAACAUAUUCUGACUGAAUCCCCUGAUGGACAGGGUUAAACGGCAGUCGCUAAGAAACGCUUCGGGAUACAGACGAAUUCAUCAUACCCUCUCCCAAUCCCCAACGCCAUCGAACUUCCAGCAUCAAGUGUCUUACAUUUUUUUCAAUUUAUUUUAGUUUUUAUUGAUUUUAUUAGCGUUUUUGGAACGUGUGUGAUAUGGAAAAGGAGGAACAGAGAUAACUAUUUUAGAUAGAGAAUGCAGCGCAAAAAGGGUUAUGCACACAGAUAGAUACACUAUAUUCUUAUGGCAUUAUAUACACAAUACAUACAUAACCCGUCCCGAAGCCCAGCAAUUUAUUAUAUUGUGCUAGAUACUCAUUAACUAUUUUCAAUGUAGUGCUUAAACUUAACUAUUUAAUCUCAUAGUACGUUUGUCGACAAUUUAACUUAAUUUAAAUAUGCAUAAAAAUAAAUGUGUGUUAACCGGGAUUCGAA